AUGAAAGGGUGGUAGAAUUUCAAAAUAAUUUGUUAAAAAGUGAAUUGUGAAGAAAAAGAAUUAUUAAAGAUUGAUGAGUUUGAAAACAAUCCCUAUAUAAUUGGGAAUAAAUAAUAUGAAGAUGGGUUUAUUUAAUAUUAAAUUCCUUAUUAAGAAUGUGUAUCAUUAAAUGACUUAUAUGAUGCUAUUGUAUUUAAUAUUCAUUUAUUUAGAAAUCUUAAUAUGUUGUCAUCUUUAAAGCCUAAGCCAUCUUAAUUAUUUAAGCCAUUUUAUAACAUUUAUUUAAAAUGGCUGAAAAAAAAUUAUGUCAUUGUUAAUUGAAUUUAUACAAUAUUUUUAUCAAACUCAAGAACGAAUCUAAUCAAUUUACUACUUAUCAAUCAAUUAUAGAAAUAGAUAAAAUUUAUUUUGUUUAAUAUUUAAGUAUUUCAAAGACUUUAAAUGAAGAAGAUGAAAAUAUUUGUAUGGAUGUGAAAGCUAUUAAAAAAAUUAUUAAAUAAUUUCUAGAAUUAUAUUAAGAUGAAAGAAUUUAGAAAUUGUUAGAAAAUUUAAAAAAAGUAAGUAAUAUAAAUAAUAAAAAACAAUUUAAAGACAUGAUUGAAAUAGUUAAUCAAUUUAUUAAAGAGUAAGCAUUUAAAAUCUAAAUUUAGUUUUGUUGAUAUAUCUAAAUAAACAAUGAAGAAAAAUGAAAUUGAAGAUUAUCAUAAAUUUCAAAAAUAAAGAUAUUAAUGUGAAAAAGAAUUGCUUAUUUAAUUAGAUGAAAUAUUAAAAUUAAAUAUUCAAUUUGAAGAAAAUAUAGUAUAACCAACUGAAUAAGAAAUAUAAUAACAAAAUAAUUAUAAAGAAUAAACACUAAAAAUCUAAUAAUACUUCUUUAGUUAUUUUUAACCUUUAUUUGUGAAAUAAUUCUAAUAAUAUUAUGGAGAUAAAUUAUAAAACUCUUAUUUAAUAACAGGAAUUACAAAAAAUUAAUAUUAUGAAUUACUAAAAAAGUAUAUAGAAAAAGAAAGGUAAAGAGCAAAUAGAGCAUUUGAAUCUAUUGAUAAAACAAUUAAAGAAUGCUUAACUUAAUCAAAAUUAAUCAAAGAAAAACUACUUUAAGAUUUUAAAUUUUAAAUUGAUGAUAUACCUUAAGACUAAAUCUUUGAAAUAUUUUUAAAGUUUUUUAUUAAGAAUUCAUUAUGGUGGCAUUCAUCAAAAUAAAAUACAAAUAAAGUAUAAGAUUAAUCAAAAUAAGAAUCAUUUACAGCUAAUAGUUUAUCAUAAGAUGUAAUUGAAAUUUAGGAUGAAGAAUAAUUUAAAGUUUAUGACUUAUCAAAAGAAGGAUCAUACAAAGAAGUGAAUUAAAAAGUCUAAGAUGAUGUUAUUAAAUUUAUUCAAGAUCAUUAUGAAUUGGAAUUAACUUUGAAAAUCCUUUAAUUAAUAGAUGAAUUAAUAUGA